AUGCCCAAAGUCUCCUUCGCAACCUUCUUAAUAAUAUGCCGUUAGUCCCCCCCCCCAACUCACCCAGCCCAUUUUAACGGACAAACCAGCAACCUGCUUCCUCCUCGGCUCUAUCUUCACAAACUGGACCUUUGACCACGCAACCCUCUGGACCUCGCUGCCACCCACAGCGCCCACACUCGCGGCGAUAGAAUCGCACUACACACAGCUUCACCACGCACCGCCGAUCAUCCCGCGCGUGCUCCACAUCACGAUAGGCACGGGUAUCCUCGGCUUCCUAGUAAAGCUAUACAAGCCGUCGGAGUCGAACAUGUUGUUCGACGGCGCCAGCCUCGUGCUAUACAUGAUAGCGCUCGUGAUGUACGGCACCAACGUGGUCAAGGGCAUGCGCAUCAUCGCCAGCGGUGAUUACGGCGAGGAGGUGGGCCGCGUGGAUUCGCUGCGGGUCGUAGCGGCGAGCCAGGUUAUUAUUGCGCUAGUGCUUGUGGGCGUGCUCGUGCUGCAGAGUGGGCAAUGGUAUGCCGAGAAGAAGGAGGAGCAGGAGGUUCACGGGCUUAAGCUGAAGGAAGAGAGGGAAAGGGAUGAGAGGAGGGGGGGUGGGAAGAAGAAGAAUUGA